UUUUGGACGUUCCUGCUGGUUCUGGUCGCUUUGUGCCGACUCCUGCGAAUGCUCCCUAUGUUUACAUGAAGAUUCAGGAACGCGACAGGGUUCGAGCGUCGCCGGUUAACAGAGACGGAGGUGACGUGGAGUACUUGCCCAUGGAGCGGAUGUCUGUCGAUGACGUGAAACCGCCGUCGCCGGUUGUCAGCACUCCGCCAGCUGCUGUGGCAGCCGAGGCGUCGCCUUCUCCAGUUUCCAACGGAUCUUCGUCUGCGAAAUCGCCUCCUGCUGUUCCAGGUGGUGGCGGUGAUUAUGCAGAGAAUGGAGAUACUUCAGCCCAAAGAACCGCCAUCAAACUUCAUCAUCCUCCAGGUGGAAAAUCAUCGGGUGGAUUCUGGUAGACGAGCGAAUAAAUAAGUCGGCAACAAGUACGAACUGGUUGCUAUCGGUCGGGAUCUGUAUUAUUCAGCCAAAUGCCGAUCAGAGACGAUUUUUUGUUGUUGAGAGGCUUGAAUAUCAUCAACAACAACGUGACCCAGGAGAAUGUCGAUCAGAAAGGAAGCUUUCAACAAAACAAAACAAAAAAAGAAAAAUGGUUGCGAUUUUUGCUUUUUCCGCAUUUGUGAAAAUAUGUUUUCUAAAUGUUGCGCUUGCUGGAUUUUUUAUGCUUGGUGUUGUGCGGAAGUUUCCUGAAACUGCUGCUGUUUUUUGUUUUUUCUUGCUGUGUAUUGAGAAAAAUGUUUUAUCGCUUCCGGUCAAUCUGUGAAUAAAGUCAGCUUCACCCACA